UUAGGCCAUCGAAGACUGGCACAGAGCUGGUAAGCUCUCGUUGAUCGAACUCACAAUACACUAGCGAAUCGUUCCCGGCUUUCUUCAAGCACUCUUCAAUCAUGACAGCACCACACCAACCAAACCAGGAUGAAGCAUUUGCGCCGAAGCAGAGCUUCGAUUUUGGUCUUCCGAGUGCCACGCCGUCCGCGGCCACCAGGGAAGUGCGGCAAUUCUCGCUACCAUCCAGUGUUCGAUUGCAAACCAUUAUCGAAACAUCAACAUAUGCGCCACAGAUUCCAGAGAAGAGCGCCCUCCGGAAUAGUGUGGGUCAGGCUUCUAUUGUGACUUUGCUGAUGCAACAUCAAGAGCAUCAGCAUCAUCAACAACAUAUGUUGAAGACUGCAUCGGCCCCUGCAUCACCACGAUUAUUCCCAAGAGCGCCCAGAGCCAGCAGUGAUUCCGCAAGCACUCGUACUGUUGCGCCACCGGCAUAUUCCUGGAUGCCUGAUGUCCGCGCGAUGUCCAGCUAUGGCAAUUCAAGUACACACUCGGGCUCAAUUUCGGGAUCUGUGCUGCAGAAUGAGAAGUUGGCCGAGACCUUGCGACAGGCCGACGAUGAGGCGCGCCACUCACGCCAUCGCAACGGCAGGAGAAAGCUCUGGCUGAUGGCGCUCAUUGCCAUCGCAGUCCUGCUCAUCGCUGGGCUAGCCGUGGGGUUGGGUGUCGGACUGACCGCUGUUAUGAAACGCGGGCAACAGCAGGCAGAUCUUGCAGCCACUUCCAAGGAUCUCAACUCGUCCUCGUCUGGAGGCGGGGACAGUGCCGACCAAAAAUUUCCCCUUGGUCGCUAUCGAAUCACCACUUCGUUGAAGCAUCGGAACACAGCCUGUACUUCCGAUGCUUCAACCUGGACAUGCUACGCUGAUGCCGGCAACAGUUCGAGCAGCCCCGUGGUAUUCGACUGGAUCAUCUCAGCAACAGCGCCAAGCUUUGCUACCUCUCAUUCAGGCAUUACAGCAAAUGGUGGUAUUCCCGCGAACCUCUCGAUUAGCAGUAAUCCUAGUACUGGAAACGAUGCAUUCCAGCAAAACAUGGUCUUCACCAAGCAAUCUCUAAUCUACAUCUCUCCCACGACGAGCGAUUCACCUUCAACAUCUACUUCCAUUUCGAACCUUACUUUUGCGAAUGCCACUGGACCCAGAUACACUUUCAAUUUUGUUAUGACUAAACUCUCCACCAUCAGCCUUAAUAACAAUAGCAUUCCCACAACAGUUCGAACACUUGCGAAUCGCGAUGGCGCGACUCCUCCCUCAGCCUCAUCUUCUGCUUCUCCUCAAUCAACAUCACAGUGUAGCCCUACUCUCAAUAUGGCUACUACAACGUUCACAGCGGUCCUGUAUCUAUCUCAACCUCAAGAGUCAGGAGUACCUUCGGAAACUACUCGAGAUUCGUCAGAUGCUUUAACAAAGCUGCCUACGUGGCCCUAUGCUGUGGAAAUUUUGCAGAGCAGGGAAUCCAGUGGCAGUGACGCCAAUUCAUGUGCCGCGAGUGUUUCAACGCGCGACAGCCAUCAAGACGUUAAUAGUAGCAACGGCAAAUGCACUUGCUCAUGGCGGAACUUCUAGGGCUUCAUCCGCAGCAGAUCGAAAGCCACUUGGAUUCAGGAUCUAACAAUGCCUCUUGCAGAUGUUGAAAUGCAAACCUGGCCCUUAAUCUAUCGGGCACUUUCCUAUUCGGGUUCUGGAUCGAUGAUCGACGAUGGAUAUGAAAAAGACUACUUGGGUAGUAUGAUAUAUGACUUUU